AUGCCGCCGAUCCCGUGCGCAGUCAGCGUGCGCAGUCAUCCCGGCUCUUCUGCCGACGACAUUGCAAAUGAACCCGACUGGGGAGCCGGCCCACAACACUGCAUUGGCCUGAAAGGGGAUCAGGGCAUCAAGGCUGGCAUUACCCAUCAGCAAGACAACCCCCAUGGCCAUCUUGCUACAUUUCGACGAGGCCGCCAAGAGCUGAAAAAUCGAGCAAUGAAUGGAGAGAUCAUCACUCUUCGCGAUGUGUUGUUAAGAGACACAGAGGAGCUCCCCGACCUUGCCACAAGAGGGUGGCAAGACGUGCUUGACACACCCGAGCACUGUGGAAGGCGCACAGAAGAUUUGCCAGCUAAUCCCGCGUUGAGGCAGUCAAAAGGAAAACUGCCCAAGUGCAAGGAAGAGCAGCAAAGCAAUCAGCAAGAGCACGAGUGGAGAAUGUCCCGCGGUGAGAAGAAGCAUAACAGCGCCUACUCCGGCGUUGAAGACACCGGUUAUGAUUCCGGCAUCGAACAGGGUGGUCCCGCCGGUCUCCAGGAACCCGAGUCGGACAAGCUGCGCGCAAAGUACACGCCGCAGGAAAUUGCACUUCUCUGUAGCGUCCGACACGAGAGGGACUAUGUUUCGCAGCUCCAGAUCAACGACGGCAAAGGCACGUCCCCGCAUCACGAGACUCAUCGAACCCAGAUUUCAAUCGACGACAGGGACCAACUUACCCCUGACAACUGGCUCCCGCGCUCCUCGCACCUGAUUCGCCUGACGGGCAAGCAUCCUCUGAAUGCCGAACCCCGUCUUUCGCACCUGUUCGACGCCGGCCUCAUCACCCCCAACGAGCUGCAUUACGUGCGGAACCACGGCCCAGUUCCGCGGCUGUCGUGGGAACGCCACAGGCUCGUGAUCCAGGGUGGAAAGCUGAUCUUGUCCAUGGACGAGCUGAAAAACAGUUACGACGCAACCAACAUCCCGGUGAUGCUCGCGUCUGCCGGGAACAGGCGGAAGGAGUUUAAUGUAAUCAGGAAAACCAAAGGUUUCGGGUGGGGAGCCGGCGCAGUGGGCUGUGCAUACUGGAAAGGUCCGCUGCUCCACGACGUGCUGCUGUCUGCCGGUGUGUCUCAGGACAUGCCCCAGGGCGACAGCAGACGUUUUUGGAUCCACUUCGAGGGAGCAGAUGACCCGAGCGAGGGCAAGUACGCGACUUGCCUUCCGUUGGAAUAUGCAAUGGACCCCAAGAACGACGUCAUAUUAGCCAUGGAGAUGAACGACGUACCUCUUCCGCCAGACCACGGCUACCCCCUCCGCCUAAUAGUCCCUGGACAUGUCGAUGGGCGCAGCGUCAAGUGGCUGCAGAACAUAUGGGUCAGCGAUCGGGAGAACGACUCGCAUUAUCACAUCUGGGACAACAGGCUUCUGCCAAGUUUUGUGACGGAGAAGGACGGCGAGUUUGCCGAUGCCCUGUUCCACCUUUCAAGCACGGCAUGCAAUGAGCAGACUCUCAAUUCGGUCAUCGUCAAGCCAGCACAGGGCGAGACGAUUCCCUUCGCCCAAGCCCAGAAGGGUCAAAAUUACCGUAUUGCUGGGUAUGCUUACGAUGGCGGCGGGAAUGAAGUCCAGCGUGUUGAGCUAUCUCUCGACGAAGGCCGAACCUGGCUCUAUUGUAUCCGGCAAUACCCUGACUACCCUGUCCGACAUGGGAACAAGUUCUGGACCUGGCUACACUGGCACGUCGAUGUUGAGCUUUCACACUUACUCCGGGCAAAGAGUAUCACCGUGCGCUGCUUUAACGUGUCUAAAUUUGCGCAGCCACAAAGGGCAGAUUGGAAUGUCUUGGGUUUGAUGAACAAUAACUGGUACGUUGUCCGAACGAGCAUAGCGGACAGUGAAGAGCCAGAUGGACCUUCGGUUCUCUUUGAGCAUCCAGUCGAGCCUGGGACUGCAAAUGGAGGAUGGAUGAAGCCAAGCAUUGGAAGUGACGUUGAGAAUUUGAGACGGCAGGCUACAGUGCCACAGAAGCAGUUCACCAGAGAAGAGAUCGAACUGCAUGACAGGGAAGAAGACUGUUGGAUCGUUGUCGAUGGCAGAGUAUACGAUGUCACCAGCGUCUUAUCCUGGCAUCCUGGCGGCAAGGUUGGAAUACUUGGUCAUGCGGGCAAGCUUCACCACAGGACAAGUGACGAGUUCGGAUCCAUCCAUGACGCUUAUGCCUACCAGAAGCUUGAAGAAUGCAUCCUUGGUGUCGUCACCGACAGAGCCGCCAACUACAUCAAGAAGAACGCCACAUCGGCCACAAAAGCACGAGCAGAUUUCUGGAACAAUCAUGACGAGGGAGACUACCAGCUCACAAUACGGAAAAACAGAUGGGUGCCCAUCCGGCUCGUCACCCGACAAGACACCUCUCCCAACAGCCGCACCUACACCUUCGCCUUACCAGACGGCCAGUCGAUCCUCGGCCUGGGGACGUGCCAGUACCUACAGCUAGGCUUCCACCUACCAGACCGCAUGCUCGUCCGGUUCCACACUCCCACGCGCCCCCUACUCCCCGCCUCAAAGCACAGCCUCCACCACCACCAUCACCACAGCGAUCCCCACCGCCCCCUCUCCCCCAACGCUCCCGUAUCUCCGCUAACGACGCGCUUCCCCUCCAUCCCGGACAUUUCCUCCCCCACAUCCACCGGCCCCGGCCCCGGCCACCGCCGCGAAAGCCUCAGCCACAGCCUCCGCGACGGCCUCGACGGCACCUUUGACAUCACCGUCCCCGUCCCCGCCUCACCACCACCACCGCAGUCACCUUCCUCAGCCGGCGACACCACCACCGGCGGCCCCCCUCCGGCUCCCUCCGACCACAACGCCGACGACCCCUUCACCGCCCUCCUGUCCCAGCUGACCCCCGGCUCGACCGCCCUCUCCUGCCGCGGGCCCCUCGGCCCAAUCAUCUACCACGGCUGCGGCGCCUUCACCAUCGACGAGGACGAUGGCGAUGACGGCGAUGACGACUACGACGACCAUGGCGACAUGAAAGCGCAAUCAACAGCGGUAAGGGCAGCCAUCGGCGGAGGGGGGCUAGGACGUGGACGGACAUCCUUCUUCUUCUCCCGCAUCUCCCUCGUCUUGGCCGGCGGCCCCGAAGCCGUGGCCCGCGGGUACGCGCUCAUCGCGCGCGUGCUGCUGUGCGCGGAUCCGACGCCUGUGAGGGUCAUUGUUGUCGUCGGCGGCGGCGGCGAUGGCGGCAGCGGCGGCGGCGGUGAGGGAUCAUCACCUUCGGCGGCGGCGGCGGGGUCUGCGUCUUCGCUAGGGAAGGGAGGAGGAGGGGGAGGAGGGGUAGGAGGGGGAGAAGGAGAAAGAGAAAGAGAUGAGGGGGGAGCAGCGGUCGCGGACCACCGGGACAAAUUGGCGGAGGCGGAGGCGGAAGCCGAAGCCGAAAUGGAAGCGGACGUGGCAGCGGAAGCGGGCGGGUUCUUGCGCGAGGAGCUGGAACAGGCGGUCGAGCGGGGGAGGGGCCAGGUCGGGGUCGUGUGGGUGGCGAUGGCGGAGGUUUUCGAUGGCGGUGACGGUGGCGGUGACGGUGGCGGUGACGGUGGCCGCCACGGCGUUUUGCGCAGGGACUUGUUUGCGCCUGGAGACGGCGCGGGGGUGUUUGUGUGUGGGGAGAUGGGGCUCGUGACGGGGUGGGCGGUGCCCGGUUUGAAGGAUCUGGGGUAUGUGGAGGGGGUGGAUUUGUUUGGACUCUGA